AUGAACAGAGCAGAGAAAAAUUACCAAGCUCAAUUUGCGUCAUUAAAAGUCAAACAGCCGCCUGGUGGAAGUUCAUCGUUUGCAUUUGGGUGGAGCAAUGAAAACAAUGCCUCUGCAAAGCCUACAGGUAAAGAAAAUAGCAUAAUCCAUGUAGAAGAAACUAAAAAAGGAGGCGAAACUCCAGCAGGAGUACUGCCGCCAUCAAUGGGAAGAGAAACAAGAAAUACUGAUAUUAUUAGCAAUAAUCCAAUUAUCAAAGAAGAAAAAAAGAACUUACUCCCCCUCCCCUCCGUGAGCGAACAAAACCAUUAGAAAAAUCGCCAUUUUUUGACCAAAAACCCACCCUCCGUGAGUGAACAAAAAUUUUUUAAUAGAAAAAAUUUUAAUGGAAAAAAAUUUUGAUAUAUAAGUGAUAAUUAGUAUAAUGAAAUCUAGAGCUAAUUCUGUUUAAAUUUUAAAAAAAAUUGCGUUUUAAAACAUAAAUUUUGCAAAUUAAAUUAAUAUUUGCUUCCCAAUUUUUGCAAAUUAGGAUUUUUUUAAAUUUCGAAAAAAAUAUUUUUUAUAUAAAAUUUAUAUAUAAAUUUUUUUUUAAAAAAAAAAAAUUAACCCCCUCCGUGAGCGAACAAAAUUUUUUUGUUCGCUCACGGAGGGGGGGGGGGGGAGUUAGACGAAACCAAUCAAAGAAAAAAAGCUGAGGAAGAAAUUUUAAGAAGAUUUAGAGUUGGUGAAGAGAGAAAAGCUGAAGAAAGGAAAAAGACAACGAAAACCUCAGUGAAGGUGAAAAACCCUCCUGGAGGAAAAAGCUAUGUGCCAUUUGGAUAG